GGGUCGCGUGUCCUCCGUCUCUUUCGGCUUUCAAUAAAUUAGCAAACGCUACAGUAUAAAAAUUCAGAAUCCGCAUACCGUCGGAACUAGAGGUACGUUCAACAAUUUCCACCAUGGCUCUUCUUCAAACAUUUACGGUAAGCGUUUUUAUGUAUUUUUUAAAUCGAGUUUUAAAAGUAAUAAUAAUAUUAUAGACCUCAAGAACUUUAUAAAAUUACAUACCCACUUACAACUAGUAUUAUUUUAUUUAUACGAGUAGGUACAUUAUAUAUACUUUUAGUGAUAAUUAUUUUUUUUUAUUUUUUAAAUUGUCAGUUCAUUAUCUGUACUCUAUCCGUCGAUACGUCUAAUUUUCCCAGGCCCAGACCAAGACCAAUCGUAGAAACAUCGACCUUUUUUUUGUAAUCAAUUCUUUGUUAAACUCUACAAAAUUAUAGUAAUUCGACUUUUUUUGAAAAUAAAAAGUUCUGUUUUUCUUAAUACGAUUACUCGAAUUUAAAUUAAAGACAAUUAUGAAUUAUUAUUAUCGAUUCUGGGCGUAAUUAUGAAUUUAUUGGUUUUACUAUGUGUCCGGUUUUUACAUUUUAUAUUUUUAAAAAUCUUUUCUACUAAAUAUUUUGUUCCAAUUGAUGAACAACAAAAAAAUGUCAAAGUUUAAUUUUGUUUAGUUGAUGCACUGGGGAGAUUACUUUUUAAUGUUCUAGGUGCUUUUUAUAAUGAAUGUGAAAAACGGACAAAUUUAUGGCGUUAACAAUUUCAUUAUUUUAAAUUCGUUCUUUGUUUUACGUCGAUGUAUUCGCUUUGGUCGAGCAGAAGUGUUUGAAAAUUUAACAUGAGAUUCAUAAUAAGUUGUAUUUUGUGCUAACAAAAUAUAUAUAUAUAUAUAUAUAUAUAUUUGGCGCAAUGUAGUAAUUUUUUUUAAACAUUUCAAGUUAAAUUUUGACUUAAGCAAAAAAUUACGAUAUUUUACAGUAACUUUUCUCGCAGAAUCAUGUUUCAUCAGCAAUAAUUUAUGGAUGCAUACAGAUAUAAAUAAAAUAUAAUUUUAAUUAUUAUUAUUAUAUAUCCUAUUUUUCAAUAUUUUUCAUUUUAAAAUAUAUUUUUCUCGAUUAUUAUGUGUGUAAAUUCACUAAAAAACUUCGCCACCAACCCCAAUUUAUUUACUUAUUUAUCUGCUAUAUACACAUAUUAUAAUGAUGGUUGAAUUUUGUAUCGUAACAUGAAGUUUAAAAUUGAAUAUAAUAACGUAUAACAAGUAUAACGUUUUAGUCUACUAUUUAAUAUUAAAAAAGUUAUUCAACAAAAAUUUAACUUAAUUUCGUGCAUAUCAAAUAUAUUUAGUUAUAUUUUAUAAAUGCAUUGAUUUUAUUUAAGUUUACCAAAACAGAAAAUAUUCUAAAAAUCCUAGAAUUAUUAUAAACUUACAACAGCUAUGAUAUUAUGUACGAUGUUUGUGUGAUAGGAAGAUAUAUUUUAUGUAGGAUAUCUACACAUUUGAGUUUGGAAUAUUCAGUGACAUUGUUUUUUAAACAUCCAAAUAAUAAUAAUUAAAGUUAGUUAAUUAAUUAAUUAAUUUUAGUUUUUAGUUAUAUAGGUUUCAUUCCUUAAAAAGACGAACAUGUUUCGCACGAUGGGUUUGCCACUGUUGUAGGUGAGAAGUUAGAAAAGUAGGAUAUGGAGAGGAAUUUAAUGUAAAUCUGUACGCAACGAUAAAUUUUCAAGCAUUUCUCUUUUGUCUAACAAUUUUAUUCACAAUAUACUAAGUAAAAAUUAUCUAAAAAUUUCGCAAAAUUAAGAUAACUAUAUAUAGCUCAAUAAUAGCUGAAAAUGUAUUGAACAUUUUACAACGUCUAGAAAAGGCAAAUAUUAAUUUCCUGUUCAAAUUUCAAGUCUCCACGAAUAUUUUUUAUCUGAAAUACAUUAAAAAAACAAAAUUGAAAAUGAUAAAAGCAUUAUUUCCGUAAAUUUUCCAAUUUUUACUACCACUUGAUAGUGGAUACUUUUAAACUGGACAUAGACAUUUGCAAAUAAUUGACGAAUGGACAAAGUUACCACACUAAAAAUAUAAUGUUACUAUUAACUGUAGUAACUAUAUUAUGUUUACUUACUAUACUAUUGUAUCCUUUGUAAUGUAUUUCCAUUUUACAGUCAUAUGGCCUGUAGAUGAGAAGAUGAGAAGGUAGAGGGGAAAUUGAAUGUAUAUCUGUACGCAACGACCAAUCUUUGUUAGCGAAACAAUUUUGAGUGGAGUUCGGUUGUACAAUAUGUUUUGAAAGGUCGUAGUAUUUACGAUUUAAAAAUAACACAUUUCGUAUAUUUUCCCAUUUCCCUUAUUUUUUUCUCCGUCUUUAUCAAUUAUUUUGAAAACCGUUCAGAAAAUCAAAACAUUAAAAAUAAACAUCAUUGUAAAACCAAUACAUUACUCGCUUUCAUCAGAAUCUAAAAUACCUUCUUCAGAAAAUUGUUAAAUUUAUAGUUUUGUGUAUUUCUUUUUGUUUGUAUUUUACAGUUAUUUAAAAAAUACAAAUUUUGAACUGUCAAUUUAUUUUAAUUCUAUUGAUAAGAUUUCACUUUAUUCGUAAAAAUACAUUUGUCACUACAAUUUUGGACAGUUCAAUUAUUGUGCUAAAAUAAGUAUAAUUAGUAUAAUAUGACAUAUUUAUGCCAUGGGCUUACGAUUUUUACGAUUAUGGAUUAAAUUGUUCUAAUUCAAAAUCCACCUAAUAACACAAAAUCAAAUAUAAGUAUUUUUUAUAAAUGUAACUUAAUUUAUCUAUAUUAUAGAUUUUGGUUUUAUUCACGUGUCUCAUCAGCCGCCAAAUAAUUAGCGUUGAGGUAAAUGAGAAGCCAGCGGAAUUAAAACCUUCAGAUUCUACAGAUGUUGAUGAUAAUGUUUCACCUACAAAAAAUUCUCCUUCAGUUAGGCAAACAUAUACUGGAAGUAAUGCUCACGGUUCCGGUGAUGCCAAUAUUAAUUAUGGCCAUCAACAAGGUUUAAAUAGUGCAUCUGGUUCUCUACCUAGUCCUGCGGGUACUUCAGGAGCUGGAAGUUUCGGUGAAAAUAAUGAAGCAAACGGAUUCGGAGGCUUUGGAAAUGGUGGUGCCGGCUCUGGAAGUGGUAGUGGUUUCGGUUCCGGAUUUGGAAGCGGUGGAGCUGGCGCUGGAGGUGGUGGUGGUUUCGGUUCCGGAUUUGGAAGCGGUGGAGCCGGCGCUGGAGGUGGUCAUGGUUUUGGUUCCGGAUUUGGAAACGGUGGAGCCGGUGCUGGAGGCGGCGCUGGAGGUGGUCAUGGUUUUGGUUCCGGAUUUGGAAACGGUGGAGCCGGUGCUGGAGGCGGCGCUGGAGGUGGCGCUGGAGGUGGCGCUGGAGGCGGCGCUGGAGGUGGUCAUGGUUUUGGUUCCGGAUUUGGACACGGUGGAGCCGGUGCUGGAGGUGGUCAUGGUUUUGGUUCCGGAUUUGGAAACGGCGGAGCCGGCGCUGGAGGUGGUUCUGGGUUCGGUACUGGAUUUGGAGGAGGAAGUGGUACAGGAGCUAAUGGCUUAGGAGGAGGACAAGGAUUUGGUAAUGGCUUUGGCGGAGGUCAUGGACAAGCUGUGGGUGGCAGUGGAUUUAAUUCUCUUAAUGGAGGUUUAUCAGGAGUUGGACAAGGUUUUGGUAGUGGUUUUGGAGGAGGCCAUGGACAAGCUGUGGGUGGUAAUGGAUUUAAUUCUGUUAAUGGAGGAUCUUCUGGGGGUGGUUUUGGUGGUGGUUUUGGAGGAGGUCAUAGUCAAGCUGUAGGCGGUAAUGGAUUUAAUGCUGCAGGAAAUGGAGAAACAUCGGGGGGUGGACAAGGUUUUGGUAGCGGAUUUGGAGGAAGCCAAGGUCAAGUUGUAGGUAAUAAUGGAUUUAAUGCUGUCAAUGGAGGUUCUUCAGGAGGUGGUUUUGGUGGAGGUUUUGGAGGAGGUCAUGGUCAAGCUCAAAGUAUUGGUGGAUUUAAUGGAGGUUCAUCGGGUGGCGGCUAUGGUCAUGGACAAGAAACAGAAUUUGGGGAAGGUUAUGGUAAUGGGCAAGGAUCAGGAUUUAAUCCGGGAACGGGUGGAGGAUUUGGUGGUGGUGAAGGAUACGGUAUGGGAGGUGGAUUUAAUGGAGGAUCUAACGGGCCUAACAGCUUACAAUCACAAAAUCAGAAACCUCAAAUAUUAGGAGGUGGCGGUGGUGGUGGCGGUGGCGGCGGUGGUGGUGCCCAAGGCACUGGUCAUUAUGGAGGUGGAGGUGGGUUUGGUUUUGGUGGCUCUGGAAGUGGAGGCCUAGGUCGUUAAAAGUAAUAAUAUUUAAUUUUUAACUAAAUAAUUAAAAAAUAUUUUCAUUUAUUUAUAAUAAUAUAUUUCGAAAUGUAUAAUAAUAAAUUAAUAAAUUAUUAUCUAAGUAAUAUGGUUUAUGUACUUACUACUUAUAUACUAUAUAUAUGCAUAUUAUUAUCAUAUUAAUUGUAUUCUUAUUUUAUUAAAAAACUAAAUUAUUAUAACUUAAAUAAUCCAUUUUAAUUUAACUGACUCGUGUUUAGUAUGCGAUAAUUUAUUUGUAUAAUGUUAUUUUAUUAAUAAAGUUUAAAAAUAAAUCAUCUUUUUGGGACAUUGAACAGAGUAUUAUGUGCAUUUUGUAAUUAUUGAUUAUUGUCUCCGACAAGAAUAUAUCUAAUUGUAUGAUACGGUUAUUUAUAAUAUUUAUUUUAAUCAAAACUUUCAAAAA